AUGAAUUAAACUGCACCAGUUCUCACUUUACAGAAAAGAAGUUACUUUUUCAAUGCUUGUUUAGCCUCUCUAUUUGGAGGACACUAAUUAAACCUUACAACAAAGCUAUAUAUCAUAUAGGUAGAAUUUAAAUUAAUGAGUAGGUUAUUGUAUAAUUAGUAUCUGUAAUUCAAACUUACAUAAUUGCUAAAUUUGUAGACAAUUACAUUGUUGUUUUAAUAGUGCCUGCUAUUAUCAACGUUACUUUUUAGAUAAGCUUAAAUUGCUUAAUAAGUGAAGAGUAUCGUAAGACUAGAUCAUAAUUGGGAUAAAUGAUUGGAUUAUUGAUUCCUUAAAGUUUAGGAACUGCUUCAGCAAUCAGAUAUGGUGGGACAAUUUUAGAUGCAAUAGUAUUUUUUUUCUUGUUUCCUCGAGAAUAAAAUGUUGAACUUGGAUUUACUUAAUUGGAGGGAUACUCUAGAUCCAGAUAUGCUUGUUUAUUUUUGAAAUUGAUUUUGAUUUUCACACAUGUUAAUAGAAUGAUUAUAGCCAAUAUAAUCAGAUAUAUUUACUAUUUCACACCUAUUUUGAUAUGGAUAGGAUUGUAUGGAUAGUUUUCAUAAUUGUAAGUAAAUAAAUAAAUUGAAUUAGUUUGGAAUAUGUAGGGGAGCAAUUUAAUUUUUUAAUGGGUUCAUCCUACUAAUGGAGUUAGAAAAGAACAUACUUAAAUGUAUUAUUAAAUGUUGUAUUGGUUGCUAUAUGUUUGGGAUUGUCAUUCAUAAAUGAGAAUAGAAUUGCAAUAAUAGUAAGUGGUUGUUUAGUCAAUAUUAAAAUGUUCAAUAUAUUUGGAUCUAUGCCAAAGAAUGAUAAGCAAAUUUAUAAGUAGAAUUAUUUGGAUAGACCAUAUAUUUUAUAUAAUUUAUUAAGUUCUAUGUUGAAUAUAAUUUCAAUAAUAUUAUGUGGAAUAUUAGCAUCUUCACAUUAUAAAGAAUUGUUUUAUGCUAUUAUUCCAAUAUAUUUAUGUUAUAUCAUAAUACAAUUAAAAUUUGUAUAAUAUGUAAAAUACUUUAAAAUAUUUUAUGCUAUAAUAGAAUGUGCAUGUAUUUCUAUGAUGGAUUAUAAUUUUGAAGGGAUUUUUGCUUAAAGAUUAUUUGAAUGUACAACAAUAAUUAGAUUGUAUAGUUUAAUACAUUCAAAUCCUAAUUAUUUAUUUUUUGAAUAAUUAGUAUGUUUUAUAGUUUCAUUCAAUACAAGUUAUUCAAUGGCAUAUUGUUAAUUGAUUGGAUUUUUAGUAUAAAUAAUAUUAAGAUUUGGAAUAAGAAUGAAAUCUCGAUUAUUAAUAUGGAUUAUAGCAAAGUAAUAAUGAAUUUAAGUAGAUUAGUUAAAAGAUGUUAACAGUGAAGAAGUAAAAAGUAGAGGGAGCUGCAUUUAUUACAACAUUAUAAUUAUUAAUGUGUCCAAUAACAUUCUUAAUUAUGAUAAUAUCCAGUAUUUUAGAUAGUCCAUAUAUGCCUUUCUUGGGAUUACCUAUUUUUUAUUUUGCAUCUCUUAGACCCUUUAGAAAUACAAUUCAUAUUCAUUAACAUAUUGAAAAUUCAUCAGAAGGAUCAAUUUAUAAUGCUUAUUUAAGUAAAGCAUAUAAUAAAUUAUUGUGUUCUCAACCAUUAUGGAGUCAUUAUUUAAUAAGAAUAGGGAAAUAUUUGGGAAUGAUGCAAAUAUUGGAAUAUUAAGGAGGAUAUGCUGUUAUUCAAUUUAAGGGUUUAGAAUCAUAAGAGACUACAAGUUGUCAUGGUAUAGAAGCAAGAGAAGUUGAUAGAUUAGUUGAAGCUAAGGAUUGUGGAUCAUAUUUUGGAAGUGCUUUAACUUUAUAGAGUCAAUUUUCAAUAUCUAGUUAUGAGGAAAAUUAAUUAAGUUUAACAGGUACAAUAGAAGCAACUGAAUUUGUUAGUGGAUUUAAGAAAAUAUAUUUAAGGAUGUUAUGUUAUUAUUUCCUUUAAGAGAUAACAGAUAAAAAUUAGAAAUCAAUUGUUGAAUUAUCAAGUAAAUAUGAAGGUUAUGAAAAUUAAUUUCCUAAUUCAUUUGCAGAUUGUAUUCAAUUGAAAAAUAAGUUUAUAUCAUUUAAGAAUGAUGAAUUAGAUUAAUAAACAGAAAUAAAAAUAUAAAUUAAACCAUAAACAAAAGUUUAAAUUAAACAUGAUGAAGAUGAUAUAAUGGGAAUGUUAGAUGAUUUUACAUAAGAUAUUCCUUAAUAAACUAAGAAAUUAUAAUAAUAAAAUAAUAAUAAAUCAGAAGGAUUUUAUAAUCAUAUUUAGAAAGCCAUAUUAUAUAUUUAUUAAGUAUCUUUGGGUGAUUUAGAUUUUAAUUAUGAGAGCAAAUUAAAUUAGAAGGUUCUCUUUAAUUUAUUUCAGAGUUCUAAAUAUCUAUCUGAAUAAAGAUAUAUGAAAGGAAUUGAUUAAAUAUUAUCAGAUAUAGUUACUAAAGCUAUAAGAACUGCAUUGAAAUUGAGUUUAGAUUAUUAUUCAAUUGAAGGUCAUUUGAAUAUUAAUGAUAAUGAAUUAUUAGAAGAAUUGAAAGGUAUAAAUGAUUGUUAUAUUGGAAUGGGUAAUGAAUAAGGAUGGUAUACAGCUAUGUAAAGUAAUUUAUUAUUAUGGUCUUUGGGUUAUGAUUCUGGUAAGAAUAAAUUGACAGUUUAUAGACAUUCUUAUACUGAUAUAUAAUGUUAAGUAUUCAGAUUUGAUAGUGAAGUUAUUAGAGGAAUAGAAGCUAAUCUUUAAAUGGAAUUAUUAUUUGCAACUAAUGAUGAUGAAGAACGGUAUUUAUAGUAUAAUUAUUUAUAUAGAUAUUCAAUUUAAACACAUGAAUAAUUUUUUAGAAAUAUGAUAAUUGAAGGUUCUGAAUUACCUUUAGGAUAUGCUCCUUUCUACUCUGGACCAGUAGUAAUUAGUUUAAGGUGA